AUGGUGGUUCUACAAGUGAAACGCGGCGACGAGGUACUCUUUCUGUUCGAGACCAGUGUUAAGGAGAAGACCGAUUCGGUGCUGCGGGAUCUGGUGGCCCUCUACAAUGGCCAACUGAAGAUCCAGCGUGUCUGCAUGGAGAUCGAGGAGCUGGCUGAACAUGGCACCAUGCUACCGGGCGAAAUGGUUGGCAUCAACGAGGAGCAGCGGGAGGAGCUUAAGCUCAAGGAUACUUAUGCAGACAAGUGCAUACCAUCAGGCGGUUUCACCAUCAAUAAGGAUCCUCUGCUACGCCGAAAUGGGCAGCAACCAACGGAGGCCAUGCAAAAGGUCCUGGCUAAUGCCAUGACCGAUGCCAAGGCUAUGGUGGAUCGGCGAUUGGUCAAGUCCUCGAAGACCUUGACCCUUAAGCUCAUAGAGGAGGCACUAAAUCUUCUCCGAGGAGCCGUGACCAUCGUAUAUCCCAUGCAAUUGCCGCCCUACGAUACAAUUCGCAUGGAGUUCUCCAACACCGAGGAUCUGUGUGGCACCCAGGCCUCCAAGGAGGUAAUAGAGCCCUCCAAGGCUCAGUUCUGGUUUGCAGGUCGCCAGAUGCUGAUGGGCAAGCUGAUGAGCGAGUACUUGGGCCAUAAUGACAAGACCAAGGUAGUCGUCAAGCUUAAUCAACUUGGUGAAGGUCCUCCAGGACGUGAGGCAGUGAUCUCCGAUCCCAUGCGACGCCAGAUGAUGGCUGAAGCCUUUAGGCGCCAGGAGGAACUCAAGAUAUAA